AAUAUAUGCUGGCAGCGUCGUGGGUAGACAACAUAUGUCUCCGUGUUGACGUUUAACACGGUGUCUAGAGUGCGAGAAGUUUUGUAUUGUUUUCUUGUUAACAAAAACCCACGAAAACAAUUUUAGUGUUUACAAACCUCGCUUCACUACUAGACGUUCUUCUUCCUAGUGGUCAAAUAAUGAAGGUAUUCUUACUGAUUUUUGCAGCUUUGUUCGGGUCGACCAGAUCACAGGCUCAGUGUGGUGCAGCCUGCCAGGCGACGAAAGGGAUCUGUGUAGACGAUGGUCAGGGUUCUAUGUACUGCUCCUGUUCAGCUGGAUUCUCACAAGCACCAGGAGAUCCCACCUCGUGUGUUGCAUCCUCUAUCCUCGUGACGUCAGGGUGUCGCUUCAUGGGAUGUGGAGCCCAUGCGGACUGCAAGGAAAACAAAUUGACUGGGAAGUAUGAAUGCAUGUGUCAAGCCGGUUUCGAGAAGAACCCGAACAAGAACUCGGAAUGUAUUCGUAGUAAAGCGAGUGCCCCCAAGUUUAAUGGGUGCAGGUAUAUCGGGUGCGGAGACCCGCAGUUUGGGCGGUGUAUUUUUACGACCACUGGUACUUACCAGUGUCAAUGUUACACCAACGCCCAGCUCGAUUUCUUCACACAGAAGUGUGUAGAGAAACCUUAUGACAUGUUUUCUGGUAACUCGUUCUGGCCAUACAUGUUUAUGGGCGACUGGCUCUGGUGAAACUACUCAAGAGACGAUAUCACGUGUACAUAAGAGGAGGCAGAGAAGGAAAUCAACGGACUAGACUACUAUUACCCACGAUUUGUGUUUGCAUCUGAGAUUCACGUUUAGAGUUAUCAAUUGUUUUUACAUUAUUAGAAUACCCGGAAACCUGUGUUUCGUUCUGUAGAUCUAUCUGCUAGAACAGUCCUGUGUUACCGAGUUAUAUAAGUGCAGUGUAUCUCUUAAGAGUAAACAUCAUCUAAAAGGUGGCAUCACGAUUCCAUAAUGUGCUUCGAAUGCAAUUUCAAGACAAAAGAGAUGACUUAAAAUGCGUAUAUGAUAAAACUAUUAUUGUUCACACCUUUGUAAAGGUAGGAAUUGACACGGUCGGCCGUCAGUAAGACUCGAGUUAGUUACCUGUCGUCGUGCUGACAUCUAUCUGUUAGAUAUGAACUCUACUGUAAGACAGUCGUUUGAUUUAUUUGGCAUUCCGUCUGUACAAAAUAUCAUCAUUAGGAAAAUAAAUGAAGUUUUAUUA